GAUCCUUUUAAACUGGACCAAAACGUCCUUGGAAAAAUGCAUGUCGUUUAACACUCGAAGAUGAAAUAAAAACAUAUCAUUCUGAAUUGUAGCGUUACGAAAGAAAUACAAGCACUUCCGCCUCACAGCAAUUUGCUGCUUCAACGUUGCUCACCUGGUGAACAAACACACACCCACUUACCUGAAAAUCCCAACAGACCAGCUGUUUGUUCUGCUUUUGCUUAUCAACGCUACAAGCGAGCACGAGAACAACGCAAACACGACGGAAUCUCUCUGUUUAUCCCAAAAGGUUUCUGUGAGGUCACCGUCGCUCCCGACUGUGCAGCAAAGAUGGAUGACGAGUACCUGGGGGACAAGAUGCAGGGCCGCGGUAGCAGUGAGGGGGCGUGCCUGACGGAAGAGGAGGAGGAGCCCGCAGAGUCCAAAACAUUGCGGCAAACGGAGAAGACCGUGGAGCCCCGAAGAGGUUUCCGCCAACGGGGCCCCCGGGACGACAGGGCGCUCGCCACAGGUGGGCGGGGCUGUCCCAGUCGGGAUAUCCUGAAGGUGGGCGUGUCGCUGACGACGUCAGCCAUCUUCUUCCCCUUCCUGGUGUGGGGGGGCUUUGUGUUCCUGCCCUUUGAUGCCCCCCUGCUGGACGGCGCCCCCCUCAGGAUGCUCUACGCGCUGCGCUGCUCCGUAUUUGCUGCCACGCCCGUCAUCUUGGGUGACUUCCACGUCCGUCUGUCUUCCCGUCCGUCUGUCGGUCUGCGACUCAUCUACCCCGGCGUACGAUUGUCAGGCUGGCUGGCGGCGGGCGUGAGACGCGUGAGGUUCGGCAUCGUCCGCCCGCUUUUAGACGACACGGAGGCGGCGGCUGCGGAGGAUCUCGGCGUUGACGCAAAGUACACGCGGGACUCAGUCAGCCUCUUCCUGAUGUACUUCCUGCAGCUGGUCAUCAUGGCGAUGUACCUGAGCCAGGAGCAGCUGAAGCUCGUGCCUCUGCUCGCCAUCGUCUUUGCUUUGGGACGGUGCGGCCGGAGAACAUUUCGCUUUUGGCUCUUCAAAGGACUGACGGGGGCUUUCUCUCCGCAGGUCGGUUUAUUGGGUGGCCGCCGCGUUCGGCAGCAGCGUUCGGGCUUUCGGAUCGGGUUUGUCCUUCCUGCCCGGUCUCGUGAUGGCGGUGGCCAACUUGGUGUUCAUCUUCGACGUGGAGUCGUCGGCGUUAAUCUUCAGCUCACCUCGGUAUCCCCAAACGUUGUCGCCCGUCGGCAAGCAGAGGUUCUGGGGAUGAAAAGCCGCGUUCGACGUGCCUUUUUUCAAAAUAAAACGUUUGCUUGUGGUUUUCCCAUUUACACAAAGCACCCUUUUCAGAAUAAAACAAAUCAUGAUUCUCAUGAUGACGAUUGAAUGA